UUGAAGGUGGGACAUGCAGUUUUAUAAAUAGGCAUUUCAAUCCUCCCUCAAGUGUUGAUGAAAGAAUUCCAGAAUGAAGACACCAAUUUUAGUUCAGUUAGUUUACUGUGUGCUGGUAGCAAGAGGAAAUGAUAAGGUUUUGGAUUAUAAAUUCGAAAAGGAUAUUGAGGGUCCUUAUAAUUUCAGAUUUUCCACAACUAAUGGACAUCAGCGUGAAGAAAUAGCAGAGCUUCUUCACGAAGGAACUGAAUUCGAAUCCAUAUUCCUCAGAGGUUCAUACCAAUACCUUGGAGCUGAUGGCAAAACUUAUACUGUCAAGUAUAGAGCUGACGAUAAUGGUUUUCAUCCUGAAGGAGAUCACUUUGAGGUACCUCCAUUUGUACCAUGGCCUUCCAAAAUCGAUGUGAGGUAUAAUGAAGGCGAACUGAAAGACUCAGGAAGCAUGACAAGUCCAUCCAAACCAUUUUCAGUCAACCCAAUUAAAUUUUUGACAACACAACGUCCUCCCAAAUUUGUAUACACUCCGAUUGAAGCUUCAGCAAUCCCAAGCAAUUCUUUCACCUCAACAAAAGCUCCUAAAAGCAAAGGAGUCUUUAGAGGGCGACAAUCAAAAAGUUUUAAAGGCUUUUCACCAAAAGAUAAACUUAUUCCUCAAGAAUAUAUUCCUACAUCAACUCGUAAACCUCUUACAAAAGGUGAUGUAGUGGGUUCUUCUACAGCAAAGAAUUCAAAAUUCUCUUCAGUUCCAACAGUUACUAGAGAAUAUAUUCCAACUUCCACUACACCUCCAAGUGUCAAAGGUGACAUUGUUGGAUCACCACAGUGUGACGAGGUUUAUAUUGGACAGACUCCUCAACAACUGAAGAAGAGGAUCACUCAACAUAAAUUGAAAGAGGUAUGA